AUGAAGAUCAAAUGCACCUACGAAGAUUGCUUCAAGCAAUUCGACUCUCGGCAGGCCAUGGUUCGCCACAAGGAAAAAGAUCCUGGACACUCGUACUGCAAGCUCUGUGACGUCGACUGUGCUAAUGACAUGUUCCUCUUCAUCCACCAGCUUGGAAGCCCUGCGCACAUCUGCUGCCCGAUUUGCGCAUGCGAGUUCAAAAGUACAAUUGCCAGGGAUACUCACAUGGAAACUCAACAUCGUUCCAACCAGAACAUAGAGUGUGCUGGUUGCGGACAGAAGUGCGGAUCAGCGUCGCAACUGAUGCAACACAUCGAGCAAGAUGAAUGUGAAGUCAUCAAGCUCCAAGAUUUCCAGAUGCAGCGAGCCGAACGCCAGGUUCAGAAAGAUGCGUGGGAGGCAGAGACGGAUCCAUUCGCUAUCAAUCCACCCAUCUGGGAUCAGACGAGUGCUGCCAGCAACAACGCUGGCCUUGAUCUCUUGAGCAGGGCGACUCAUGGCUCGGGACGAUCUCUCAAUGACGCCCUGGGUGAGCCAAUCUCCACCGCAUCCCACGAACAAUUCCCACCACUCUCGCAGUCUCGGGACUCGAAUGCGGCCAGUGCCAGUGCGGCUCCGCAGCAGUCUAGCUUUGCGGUCAAACCCACGAGUAACGUCCUCGACCUCGACGACGCCUCUGCAAAAGACAUGUCCAACUUGCACAUCUCCCAGCCGGCAUGGGGGAUGCAACAAGACGUCGACACACCACAGGGGAAUGCCAAUUCUGGAAUGGUCGCAGGGUGGCUUAACACGGUCGCUGCCACGGCGGAACCACCAUCCAACGGCUCGAGCGAAGUUGCCUCAAUGUAUGACAGAAAGGCGUCGUCGUCUGACUACCCUGGCAAAAUCCCACCGACUUCACAGGCAAAGCCGAACCAAGAUUCUUCUUACCAACACAUUGUCCAGAUGCCCGCCCACUCUAUCGUGUCGACGAGGAGGCGACUCGAAAUCGAAAAGUAUUGGGACUCCAUCCGCCAAGUGUAUUCUUGCCCGACCAUCAAAUGCAAACGUCAGUUCAGGACACCAGCUGACUUCAGAGCACACCUCCUGUCCUCAGCACACAUUGGUGGUCAGGUCACUUGCCCCUCGUGCUUGAAGAGGUUUGCGACCACCGCAGCAUGGGUCGCCCACACCGCUUCGGCCAGCAAGCGUUGCGACAUCCGCAACAGCGCCAAUUUCAAUCAGGUUAUGCGAGAAGUCACCGGUGGGCUCCUGGGCACACAAGGGUACAACGAUAAUGGCUCGGUCAAGUUUGUUGCGCCGAGGAUUGAAGAUUGGUAA